AUGCCUAGCAAAACAUUGACGGCAUUACAACGGGCUAAUCGCUUGAAGGCGAUUGAAGAUGCAUUGGAGAGUGCGAGGGCGAACACCGAAGGAUUAAUUCGCCCACCGUCGAGUGAGCAUGUCGGCCGGACGUCAGUGCAUGAGGAUGGCGUCUUGAAUGCACCCGUCCUUCCUACUCCUAGCCCAUCAUUGACUGCGUCUCAGCCCAACAAUCCCUUCACAGUGGUCAAGAAAGCAUCUGUGACGCCAAGGCAGGAUGAAGAAGAUCCUGAUCCUGCCAUGGAGACCAGAUCUUCGUUUCAGCUGUCAUCUGACUGGGAGAUGCUGGAUCGCUACCUCAUAUCAUGCAUCAACGUCAAUGAACGUCUAUCCGAGGUCACUCUGUUCAUCAACAUGUCGAAGGGCUCUUGUGUGAAUAUCGACGACAGACUGAGGGAGCGGCACUGCGAUGCACCCAAUGUGGAUGUCCGAAGUACUGUGGAAUAG